AUGCUGGAGAGCCAGCAGAGCAUGAAAAAAGCAGUGUCGCUGAUAAAUACAAUAGAUAUCGGAAGAUUUCCUCGAUUGCUCACCCGAAUUCUUCAAAAACUUCACCUGAAGAAUGAGAACAGUUUCAGUGGUGAGGAGGAAGAAAAACUUCAAGCUGCGUUUUCUCUAGAGAGACAGGAUCUUCAUCUAGUUCUUGAAACAAUAUCGUUCAUUUUAGAACAGGCAGUCUAUCACAACAUGAAACCAGCAGCUUUGCAGCAGCAAUUAGAGAACAUUCAUCUGAGUCCAGACAAAGCAGAAGCAUUUGUCAAUGCCUGGUCUUCUAUGGGCCCAGAAGUGGUUGAAAAAUUCAGACAGAGAAGUCUUGCUCCCCACAAGCUGGAGACAGUUGGAUGGCAGCUUAACCUUCAGAUGGCUAACCUCUACUCAGUCAAAACUAAAAUCUCCCCCAAAGCUGUGCUGAGUAGGAAGAGAGCAAUGAAGACUCAAAGAGUCUGGAGAAAGUUCUUGUGGAAUUCAGUCACGAGGAGUUGUUUGAUUUCUAUAACAAGCUCGAGACUAUACAAGCUCAGCUGGAUUCCCUCACAUGAAGAUUGUUUUCUCCAUGUUUCCACUGCAUCAUUAUCUAGCAUUGAAGAUAGACUGCCAGGUUGUAUUUUCAGAAUAAUUUGGUGGCUUUCUUCUUGUAAACUAAAUGAAUAUUGCUUCUUAGACAAGAAAUAACCAGGAGAUAUCAUUUAGGGAGUAGCAAUGGGGUUCUAAUAAAUGUUUCCUAGUUCUGUGAACCAAUUAUAAGUGAUUGUAAGAACACUUGCUUGAUACAGAAACAAAUCAAGGGGAUAUCUUAUUGUUCUUUUCUAUUGCAUUGAUCUUUAAUUGCCUACCCUGUUUCCUUGUAUACAUUUGAUGAUAGCCUUAUACCAGGGAUCAGAGUGUAAUAUGUACCUUAGAGCAAUGGUUUUCAAUCAGUGGCCCAGAGGCUAGUGUUAUCCAUGGGUAUGAAAAAUUUAAAA